UUCUCCUCCAUGUCUGAGUUUGAGUGGUCCCUCGCCUCCCCAUCCCCCCUCCCCCAGUGUGACUACAGUGAGUGGAGUGCCACCCGGGUGGUGAUUCCAGCUGUUUAUCUCCUAGCCUUCAUUGCUGGCACGCUUGGUAAUAGCUUAGUUCUGUGGGCAUACCUGGACUGCCAUGGCAUAGGCCGUAGGAACUCCCAGUUGGAAUGGCCUCAAGAACCUUCUCCAGGCCCGUCCUCCACUUCACGUACUGUAACAGAGUCCCUGAUUGCCAGCCUGGCCCUGGCUGACCUGGCCUUCGUCAUGACCCUCCCCCUGUGGGCAGUCUACACAGCCCUGGACUACCACUGGCCAUUUGGUGGUGCUCUCUGUCGAGCAAGUAGCUACCUGGUGGCUCUGAACAUGUAUGCCAGCGUGUUCUCUCUGACCGCACUCAGCGUGGAGCGCUACCGUGUGAUUACCCGCAGCAGCAGCAACAAUGGCAUGCAGAACCAAGCCACAGCAAGGGCUUGCUGGGUCGUAGGGAGUGUGUGGGUGGCAGCUUGCAGCCUGGCACUCCCUGCUCUGCUUCUACGAGCUGUCAGAGAAGUGCACUUGGACAUGGGGACAGAUGAUAACUGGCUGGAAGAGGAAGACAGUAGGAAUGGUGAGGGAAGUGCCACAGUUUGCUUGUGUGACAUGGACUACUCCAGUGUGGUAUCUGCAGACCUGGACCCCAUGGCAAGGGAGCGAGCGGAGUUGAUAUGGUCAGCAGCACUAGGUCUAAAGUCCACGCUACUGGGUUUCUUGCUUCCUUUUGUCAUUUUACUUCUCUGCUACUGCUCCCUGGGGCGUCUCCUUUUCCGACACUUCAGCCUGGGCCCACGACCUGAUCGUCAACGCCAACGCAGGCUCCUCCGAGUCAUUGUCACCCUUGUCCUGGCCUUCUUCCUUUGCUGGCUGCCCUUUCACGUCAACAAAACCCUUUCAGCCUUGGUGGAACUAGACCUCCUGCCCUACUCCUGUGGCUUUGACCGUUGGUUGGUGGCAGCCCACCCGUAUGCCAUCUGUCUGGGCUAUGUCAACAGCUGCCUCAACCCUCUGCUCUAUGCCUGCUGCGAUCCGGCGUUCCGCCGACGUUGCAGAGGCGUGAUCCAAUACAGAUGGACAAGUUCAAGAAUGAGGGUCAAGGAGGAAAGAGAGCCAACCAGCAAAAGCUCCGCCAUGCUGUCAGGUACAAAGGAGGAUGUGGAAGAGGAUGACAAGCACAACAGAGUGAUGGAAGGCGAGGCAGAGAAGAAAGCGCACAACCACAAUAAGAGAAUGUCUAAAGAAGAAUACUUUGAAAGGCUAUAAGAG